CUAGUCCAGUGCCUGGAGGGCUAGAGGAGCCAUGUGCUGGCGGAGGGUGUGGGGCCAGAUCCUCCUGCCCGUGUUCCUCUCCCUAGCUCUCAUUCAGAUGUUUAUCAGCUUCUCCGACCAUAAAUUCACUAAAACCCACCAUCACUGGAACCUGAAGUUAGAAGCAAAACACGUUGAAACGGAAUGUGCUCAAAAGCAAACUUGUCCAUUGUGUACCCAAGACAAGAGAUGUAUUUGGUGCCGAGAAGAAAAGGUUUGCAAAAAGUACUGUUUUCCAUAUUCUGACUGUAAAUUCAAUUCCAUAUUCUGGGCAAACUGCAGAGUUGACAUGUUUGGAAUCGUGAUGCUGAUACUGGUUGUAUUAUUAGCAGUAGGAUUCUUCUGGUAUUGCAUCGCCUAUUACUUAUACAUGCAGGAGCGGCAGAUUUUUUAUUAUGCGAGAAAUGGAGAAGUUCCUGGUUCCGGCUGGAAUGCUGCCUCUGGCAAGUACUUUCAUCCAUUUGAUAGGCUACCCCGGGCUUUUUCAUUGACUGACAGCCAGCAGUCAUGCUCUCACUGUAGACCACAGUGCUGAAGUCAUGUAGGAAGCAUGACAACAGACUUCAAUAUCCCCAUUUUGAAAUACACUUUUAUAGCCUCAAUAGUUAGACGAGGAUUUGCAAAAUAGUAAUAGAAUAAUUGGAAUAUUGACAGGGAGUGUUAAAACUUGUAAACCAUUUGGUGAUUUAAUUACUUCCCUUAACUGAGGAAUUCUCGUGGACUCCCCCUUCAUCUCCCCCAGUACAAUACCCAAUGUGCAACUCUUUCCCGGGUUCUCAGGGCUUUCGCUUAGCUACUCCCUUAGUUGGGACUCGAAGUGUAGCUUCCUCUGGCUGGUCACCUUUGUUUACACAAAGCAGAGAAUGAAUAGGCUUCUGGUUUGUGGAUAGGAAAAUAUGGAGUUUAUACAAUGUUAUUUAACCACGGUGCUUCUCACAAGGCAAGUGGGAGAAAGAGCAUUCCUUCUAACCCACACUGGCUUCUUAGAAAAUGAAUCUGGAUGAUUUUCUGGCUUAGGGAGUCACUGAGUGUCCAUUGAUCUUCUGUCGCUGAGAACAACUAGUCUUGUGGUUUCCUCAAACAUUUGGCCUUUUCCUCUUUGUCAAAUUCCCACCCAGGCUAAUACUACCUUAUGUUCCUUGACCCCUAAAUAUUAAAAUAGCAGUAGUAUUAAAGUCACAGUAGUGUAUUUAUGGCAUUUGUGGACAUUUUAUGGUUAAUGUUUUUGAAGAUUAAAACUUUAAUGUUUUUAUUGGAUUUUUGUUAAAAGUAUUUGAAAGGGUGACUUUAUUUCCCUUUUUCUUAGCAUAUUAUGAAUAAAUAACUGAAAAGGCAGAUCUUUCAGAAAGAGGAGAGCUGUCUUCAAUGAUGUCCAUUGGGAUUUUAAUGUCUACAAACUCUUUGAGGAUGAUUGAACGUCAAAAUUCCUUUAAGUUAAAAAUUUGUAAUUCUAUUGAACAUUUUUUGUAGAGUAUUUUAUUACUUAGACAUUAUAUCUUGUCUACUAACUUGAGAUUGUAGGGGUUGAACAAGAUUUUGUCAUAAUUUAAGAUUUGGGUUUUCUUUUUCACUUGUUUUUAAAUUUUGAGUAGUCUUCAUCCUAACUAGUUGGAUAAUCUUUUUAUUCAUGCUUUUGGACAUAAAGUGUUAUAGAUAUUACGUAUUCAUACACUUGACACGUCACUUUCUACCUUCAGCUUUAUUGGCUUACCUCACGACCAUGUCAUGUACUGUUUCCCCAUUGUUGCAGAAACAAUAAAUACUGUAUUUCUAAUUUUGUUCACACUCAUUUUUAUAAAAGAGCUCUAUUAUUCAAAGUUUCCUGUGGUGAUAUGUUGUGUCCCCCAAUAUACUGUGUCCCCUAAUAAAAUUCAUCUGCGGAUCAGAGGAAAAAGCCAGCCACUAUAAGUAAGCAUUGAAGUCAGGCAAUGGUAGCACACGCCUUUAAUCCUAUCACUUGGGAGACAGGGAUCUGUCUGGAUCUCUGUGAAUUAAAUGCCACACUGGGGAACAGAGCCAAGCAUGGUAAUACACACCUUUAAUCUCAGCACCAACCAUAGAAGUCUGAGAUCUGUACAGACAGACGGGAAGUGACAGAGCUGGGCAGGAAGAGGAAAUGAUAUAGUUGGGCUGAGAGAGCCAAUGAGAGAACAGAAUAGAAAGGCAUAUAGGCAUGGGUAUAUAGGAAGUAGGUCUCUCUUUGGUGACUGAGGUGUUGGUGAGGUGAGGUUAGCUUAUGGCUUUUCUUGUUUCUCUGAUCUCUCAGAUUUUCACUCCUAUAUCUGG